GAGGAGGGCCGGGGCGGCGCGGCGGGGGAGGAGCCGCAUCCACUGCCGGGUGGUGGUGCCGGGGCACGACGGGUGUCACUCUCGUGGCGACGGAGGCUCGGGGGCCUGGGCCAGCCGGUCGGAGCGCAGGCGGCAGACAUGUUGCUGUUCGUGGAGCAUUUAUAGGGUUAAGUGGCAUGGGAUUUCUGUUAUCUAAUAGUAAAUCGCAGGUAACGUCUAAAGGAACAGGUUUAAAUCCUAAUGCCAAAGUGUGGCAAGAAAUUCCUCCUGGAAAUCCCGAUGCCACAUCUCAUGGAGCUGAAAGCUCUUGGCCGGAUCCAGCAGCCACCUCAGGGUCCUCUCCUGAAGGAAAUACAGAGCUUUCAGAAGAUAUGUGUAAGGAAUAUGAAGUAAUGUAUUCAUCUUGUGAAAACACAAGAAAUUCUACAGGCGUUGAAGAGUCCACAGAUGGAAUAAUUUUAGGACCAGAAGAUCUGAGUUACCAAAUAUAUGAUGUUUCUGACGAAAGCAAUUCAGCAAUGUCCACAGAAGAUCUAAAAGAAUGUUUGAGGAAACAAUUAGAAUUCUGUUUUUCACGAGAGAAUCUGUCCAAGGAUCUUUACUUGAUAUCUCAAAUGGAUAGUGAUCAAUUUGUUCCAAUUUGGACUGUUGCCAACAUGGAGGAAAUAAAAAAGCUGACCACAGAUCCUGAUCUGAUUCUUGAAGUUUUGAGAUCUUCUCCCAUGGUUCAGGUUGAUGAGAAGGGCGAAAAGGUGAGACCAAGUCACAAGCGUUGUAUUGUGAUCCUCAGAGAGAUUCCUGAAACAACGCCGGUAGAGGAAGUAAAAGCUCUGUUCAAAAAUGAAAACUGCCCCAAGGUGAUAAGCUGUGAGUUUGCACACAAUAGCAACUGGUAUAUCACCUUCCAGUCAGACACGGAUGCACAGCAGGCUUUUAAAUACUUAAGAGAAGAAGUCAAAACUUUUCAGGGCAAGCCAAUCAUGGCCAGGAUAAAAGCCAUCAACACGUUUUUUGCUAAGAAUGGUUAUCGGUUAAUGGAUACUAGCCUGUAUAAUCAGCCCCUUCCAGCUCAGGCACAGUACGCCUCACCAGUCUUUGUGCAGCCGAUGUAUAACCCUCACCAGCAGUUCUCGGUCUACAGUAUUGUGCCUCAUUCUUGGUCUCCAAAUCCGGCACCUUACUUUGAAACACCAUUGGCUCCGUUUCCCAAUGGUAGUUUUAUGAAUGGCUUUAAUACACCAGGAUCUUUUAAAACAAAUGCUGCUGCUAUGAAUCUGGGUCGACCAUUCCAGAAACCUCGCGUGAAGCCUCAUUUUAGGUCAUCUAGUGGGUCAGAACCUUCAACAGAUGGCUCUGUGUCAUUGGGGGAUGGACCAUUGAAUAGGUCUAGUUCAAGGAGCUUUACCACCGAACGGCCUAGCCCUAUAGUAACAGGGCAUCAGGAGCAAACUUUCCUUCCCAAGGAGGUUCCCACUUUGCAGAUGGAGCAGAAUGGGGACUAUGGUAGAGGCAGGAGAACGCUUUUCCGAGGUCGGAGACGGCGAGAAGAAGAACGGAUCCCAAGACCCAACUCCUCAACUGAAGCAAAGCCUCCAACACCAAAAUUUGACUUACUAGCCUCAAAUUUUCCUCCUUUACCUGGAAGUUCAUCAGCCAUGUCCGGUGAACUUGUGGAGAACAGGAUGUCUGAUGUUGUUCAAGGUGUCUACAAAGAAAAGGAUAAUGAAGACUUGCGAGUUGGUUGCCCAGUGCCUGCAGAUGAUGGACAGACAGACUGCACUUGUGCCCAGCAGCUCAGUGUAAACCCUAGUCCUCCAAGGGCCUCCGAGCUUCCUGCACCAAGCUCAAGUCAUCAAGAAAAGGAUCCAGUAGAAGAUUCCACUGUUCCGAAGGAUGUUCUCAAUCAAAUGAAUACGCCAGUUGCUUCCCCAAAUACUGCAAAGCCUUCGGGGGCAAAUACUUCUUCACCUUGUAGUAGUAGUAAUGUAAAUUCAACUGUGGCUGUUGCGCUGCAGGAACCACGGAAAUUGAGUUAUGCUGAAGUAUGCCAGAAGCCCCCUAAAGAGCCGUCUCCCGUUCCCGUGCAGCCCCUGCGGGAACAUCGCUCCAACGUGGCAUCUCCCACCAAAAAUGAAGAGAAUGGAACUCCUGAGAAGUCGGUUGAAAAACCACAUGAGAAAACAGAGGCCAGGUCUAGUAAGGACUGCUCUGGCUUCCGGGGCAGUGCUGUUCCAAGGGGGACAGCUGGAAAAAUCAGGGAACAGAGACGCCAGUUCAGCCACAGGGCUAUACCUCAGGGAGUGACUCGACGUAAUGGCAAGGAGCAGUACGUGCCACCCAGAUCACCAAAGUAAAACAAAAGAACAACUGUUCAGAAGCUCUUCUCUUCCCGUUGAACUUGAGCCGGGUAUAUUGGACUGUCUUGGAGGGAAGGAGGGAGACAGAAAGUGUGUCCUUAAAUCAUUGUGGAUUUUGGAGUUGUGAGCAAUAGGAUCCCAAAAUUCAUCUCUAAAAUGAUUUUUAAAUGCUGGAGGAUUCCAAUCAAUAUAAAUAUAUAGAGAGAUAGAUAGAGAUAUAUACACAUAUAAAGUAUAAUUUUUCUAUUUUUGUUUUUGAUUUUAAUUUGCAGAGAUUUUCUGCCUGGAAUCAAUUUUGAAGGUUCAGAUAUAACUGGGAAAAACAGUACAUCCUUCAGUGUAAGAGUUGAGGGGGUGAGAGAGGAUAUUUUUUGAAGAAGUGUUUCUGUAAAAUUAGAAAUUACUUUUUUAAAUCUAUUUAAAGUUUGGCUUGAAGAAUGCCAUCUCUGACUCAAUGGCCUUGUUGCAGAUCAGUGGUGGGUGCCUGUGGGGUGAGUGUGUGCACGACUGGUGUGGGCCAAAUGUGCUGUCAAGUUCAUAAAUGAUUCAAAAAUUGAAUGUAAUACUUGAGUAGAUUUCUUUAGUUUGAGAAUUUAGUUUGUCUUUUUGACCUUACUAACAUCUUUUCAGCAAGCUGUUAAGCUCUGAUUAUACAUGGAAAUGGGACUACCAAUCAAAUUAAUUUUCAAAGAACAAAUGGGAUUAUUUUAAAAUUGGAAAUUUCAUCUUAGUCCUGAGUGGACAUGGCAGGUGGACUGAGAAUAUUUUAAUUGUUCUUUGAAUUUUCUUUUCCUCCUGAAAUGAGAACAGAAAAAAUUGUCAUUCUCCAUUCUUUGCCUACCCUGAAAAGCAAAGUAACCGACUGCCUACUGAGUUGUAUGUUUCUAAUUACUUUAACCAAUCUAGUCAAAUCAGAUUUAACUGUUAUAAAUUUCAGAAUUAAACACUGAAAUAUUUUAAUCUCCUGUUCACAAAUUUAGAAUUUUUAAGUCAAAGAAUGAUAGAUGAGAUUCAUCCUGUAGUUUAUUUAUGUUAGUGUUAAAUAUGAAAGAACCAUUAUAACUGACGUUUUAAAGUGUUAAAUAUUGUAAAAAGAAAUUUUUGUAUAGAAGUGAUUUGAGGAGAAAUUUUUUUAUUUAAAAUGUAUCUACCACCUUUUUUCCUUUCCUCUAAAAAUAUAGUACAGUUUGGAAUUGACUUGAGAAGAAUCUGCAAGUCAUGCAGUUUUUGAGGUGAGACAGGUGGUUGAGGAAAAUUUGUGCAUAAUUUCCCUGAAAAUAAACUUGUAGCUCUCAAGUAGGCAAGUUUACAUGCUGGUAUUUAGAAAAAGGCAAAAAUACAGAAAACCACAUUGCGUUAAUCUGUUUUCAGUCACGCCAUGUUCAGAGUUCUGUGUAGGUGGGAUUCUGCUUUUCAUUGUAGGGCAUGGUUUGGAGCGUUAGUAACUGUCCCUUGUGUUAGUGAGUUGCAUAUGUACAAACUCAAGCUGUAAAUUGUGAACACUGGAAAGCACCAUUGUGACAUAGCGUAAACAUCGUAGUAAUAUAUUAAUGAAUGUAAAUGGAGGUUAAAAUUACAUUACUGUGAAACUCAUCUUCCAGCUCUAUGCUUUGGAGAUUUGUAUUAAUGGAUAACUAACUAUUAAGAGCUUUGAAAACACUGCACAUUUCUAUACAAGCUAGAAUUUUUAUUUCUUUGUAACUUAUUCAGCUUGGCAAUUGGUUUUAAUUUGGUGGGUUGAUAACAUGGCAUAAUACAUU